CUUUAUUUCACUGGAAUUGGGUUAAUUCCCACUUUUUGGGGCAGGAAAAGUGGAUUUGGGGAUCUUUAUUUCUCUGGAAUUGUUUUAAUUCUCUCAUUUUGGGAUCUUUAUUUCACUGGAAUUGGGUCAAUUCCCACUUUUUGGGGCAGGAAAAGUGGAUUUUGGGAUCUUUAUUUCCCUGGAAUUGGGUUCAUUGCCACGUUUUGGGGCAGGAAAAGGGGAUUUUGGCAUAUUUAUUUCACUGGUAUUGGGUCAAUUCCCACUUUUUGGGGCAGGAAAAGUGGAUUUGGGGGGUCUUUAUUCACUGGAAUUGUUUUAAUUCUCACCUUUUGGGAUCUUGAUUUCCCUGGAAUUGUUUUAAUUCUCACCUUUUGGGAUCUUUUGUGUGUCUGGAAUUGUUUUAAUUCUCACCUUUUGGGAUCUUGAUUUCUCUGGAAUUGUUUUAAUUGUCACCUUUUGGGAUCCUUUGCCCAUUUUGUGCCCAUUUUCCCUCACUGAGGUGACAUUUGCUGCCCCAAACUCUCCCUCUUUGCCCAUUUUGUGCCCGUUUUCCCUCAGUGGAGUCAGGGAGGAGGACAGGUGACACUUGGUGAGGUUUGGCACCCUAAACUCUCCCUCUUUGCCCAUUUUGUGCCCGUUUUCCCUCAGUGGAGUGGUGAGGGGAAGGAGAAGUGACAUUUGGUCACUUUUGGUGACAUCUGGUGCUCCAAACUCUUUUCCUUUGCCCAUUUUGUGCCCAUUUUCCCUCAGUGGGCAGGAUAGGUGACACUUGGUGACUUUGGGCACCCCAGCCCCUUUUCCUUUGCCCAUUUUGUGCCCAUUUUCCCUCAGUAGGGAGCAGAUUUGACACCUGGUGAGGUUUGGCUCCCCAGCCCCUUCCCCUUUGCCCAUUUUGUGCCCAUUUUCCCUCAGUGGGGUGGCAGUGAGGAGGACAGGUGACAUUUGGUGACUUUGGGCACCCCAACCCCUCCCCCUUUGCCCAUUUUGUGCCCAUUUUCCCUCAAUGAGAGGACAGGUGACACUUGGUGACCUUUGGCACCCCAGCCCCUUUUCCUUUGCCCAUUUUGUGCCCCUUUUCCCUCAGUGAGGAGCAGAUUUGACACUUGGUGACUUUGGGCACCCCAACCCCUCCCUCUUUGCCCAUUUUGUGCCCGUUUUCCCUCAGUGAGGAGCAGAUUUGACACUUGGUGACCUCUGGCACCCCAACCCCUCCCUCUUUGCCCAUUUUGUGCCCAUUUUCCCCGCAGGUCGUGCCGGCAGUCCCCGCAGUGCCGCCGCCGCCUCCUGGUGCGCGCGGCGCCGCCAUCCCGGCCCCGCGGCAUGGAGGAGAGCGCGCCGCCCUUCCCGCAGCGCCCCGGCGACGGCGGCCGAGCCCUCCUGAUGCCCCCCGAGCCCGGCCCCGAGCCCGGCCCCGAGCCCGCCUUCCUCCAGGACGCCAAAGCCGCCGCCCAGAGCGCGGCGCCGCCCGGCACCCGGCUGCAGGAGGAGGAGGAGGAGGAGGAGGAGGAGGAGGAGACCUUCUAUGGCGGCGCCGAGGAGGAGCCGGCGGCCGCGGGGCCCGAGCUGAGGGAGGAGCCCUCGGACUUCUUCUCCUCGCUGGCCCGGCACGAGCCCGACGUGGCCCUGGAAGCGCACGACGAGGCCGAUGAGCCCGACCCCGCCCUCUCCGGAGCCGUCCCGGCCGCGGCUCACAGGACACAGCUCGGCCCCGCGCCCGAGGAGCAGCCGGCGUUCCCGCGGGCGCUGUUCCGGCCGCUGGCCGUGGCCGUGUCCUGGGGCGCGCGCCCGGCCGAAGGCACCGACCAAAGCACUUUAGAGCCGCGGCCCGGCCCCGGCGACUCGCCGGUCAGCGCCGGCCACCGGGCCACCGAGCCCCCGGACGGCCGCCGGGCCGAGGCGCCGUCCCCCGAGGAGCAGCACCCCCAGAAGGAACCAAAGCAGCCGGAAGGGCUCGGCGCCGAGCGCGGCCGCGGGGGCGUCCGGCGGCCGGAGUGGAUCUCCAGGAGCCCCAGCCCGUCCUUCCCGGAGCCGCGGCCGGCGCCGGACGGAGCGACCGGCUCGGCCUUCGGCCGGGAAGCGGCGCCGGCGUCGCGCAGAGCCAAAGCCAAAGCCUCGGAGAGCUGCCGGCGGAAAGCGGCGCCGGCCGAGCCGGAGCCGGCCGAGCCGGGCCCCGCGGCCGAGUGGACGCUGCCCGAGCCGGACGCGGUGGGCAAGCAGUCGUGGACGGUGAACGCCGAGGACUCGGUGGAGCGGCUGCUGCCGGAGGCGGCCGAGGUGCGGCCGUACGUGUGCGGGGUGCUGCUGGAGGAGCCCCCCAAGGACGAGGAGCUGGAGCAGGACGAGGAGAACCCCAGCGUGUUCACCUGCAUCGAGUGCAGCAUCUACUUCCGCCGCAAGGAGCACCUGCUGGAGCACAUGCUGCAGCACAACCGCGGCGCCGAGCGCGGCGCCGACGCGCCCGCCGGCCGCUGCCGCUUCUGCUGCGGCGAGUGCGGCUGGGCCUUCGCCGAGCCGGCGGCGCUGGAGCGGCACAAGAGGCUCCACCAGGAGUCCCGCGAGAAGAUCAUCGAGGAGAUCCAGAAGCUGAACGAGUUCCCGGACGAGGGGCGCGAGGCCCGGCUGCAGUGCCCCAAAUGCGUUUUCGGCACCAACUCCUCCAAGAUCUUCGUGCAGCACGCCAAGAUGCACGUCAAGGAGAGGAAGGAGAACGCCUCCAGGAGCUCCGGCCUCUUCGGAGAGCUCCGCGACGGCGCCGGGCACGGCCUCUACAAACCCUUCCGAGCCGACGAGCUGCCGACGGCGGCGCCGCCGCCCGGCAAAGCGCCGAGCGCCUGCGUCCUCUGCGGCUUCCCGGCGCCCAACGAGCACAUCCUCAAGGAGCACCUGAGAUACGCCCACUCCCACUUCUCCUGGCAGGCCGAGAGCUUCGAGGACGAUCCCAACCAGCCCGGCACCAGCCGCGACUCCUACAGCCCCGCCCGGCCCGCCCGCUUCGCCGACGCCGAGAGAAACUUCCCGGAGCGGCUCUUCCCGCCGCCGUGCCGGGAAGGUUCCUCCUCCCUCUACGACCUCACCCCGCCCGCCUUCGCCUUGGGCCAGCCCAGGUUGGACAAGAGCGACCAAGGGGCCACCAAGAAGGAGCUUCAGGGCUUCCACCACGCCAGGAAGGCGGCGCCGUACUCCCACCAAAGUCUGGCGUUGGCCGGGUUCUCCUCGUCCAAAGGAUUCUCGCACUCGGCGCUGCAGCAGCUGAGGAAGAGAGCGGCCACCCAGCAGCUGGAGGGCGACGGGGACAACCUCCGCGGCCACCACGCGGGGCCGGAGGAGCCGCGGCACAGGUGGGCGCCGGAGGAGAUGGACCCUGGUGACGGCCGGGCCGCCGCCGGCGCCGUCACCGUCACCGUCCCUCGGGCCGCGCUGGAGCUCAAGAGGACCUUCGGGGCCACCCUGAGGGCCACGGACCCGGCGGUGGCCUCGGAGGAGCAGCGGCAGCAGCUGAGGAUGACGGUGCCCGUGGUGGUCCUGGAGGAGAUGAGCGCCCACCCCAGGGCCGCCAAGAGGCCGCGGGGGAAGCCCCUCAAGAAGAAGCUUUUCCCACCACGGGAGUUCCUGCUGGAGGAACCCCUUCCCCUGGACGUUCUCCUGCUGGACGCUCCCCUGGAGGGUCCCCUGGAGCUCGAGGAGCUGCUGGACUCGGAGGCCACCAUGCUGAAGAACGAGGAGAGGAAAUGUCCCUACUGCCCCGACCGCUUCCACAACGGCAUCGGCCUGGCCAACCACGUGCGCGGCCACCUCAACCGCGUCGGCGUCAGCUACAACGUGCGGCACUUCAUCUCGGCCGAGGAGGUCAAGGCCAUCGAGCAGAAGUUCUCCUUCCAGAAGAAGAAGAAAAAAGUGGCCAACUUCGACCCGGGCACCUUCAGCCUGAUGGGCUGA